AUGCGCGGGACUCUCAGCGGCGAGGCGUUCGGAAAGGCGUCGCGUAUUCUUUGUGUGUCGAACUCCGAAUUAUUCUACAAUGUGGUGUUCGGGGCUCACGAAAGGGCAUGGAGGUUAAUAACGGAGAGCUUCAAAAUAAAUUCUGGCAACAGCGCCAAGAAACGCAAGCAGAACGAGGCACACACCACAAACUACAAAUUGAAAAUGAACCCACAUUCGUUAGACUUCAAUAGGACGCAGUCACCACUUAACUCACCCAUUGCGACACCAACGAAACGGAGAGUGCUGGGGGAAAUACAGAAUUCUCCACUCUUCACCAAAAACUCUCCUAUCAUAGACAGAAUUAAAUCGCCAAUAAUUGAAAGACUCAAAAGCUCUCCAUUAGAGCGCAAGAAGUCCCCAUUAAUAGACCGUAACGCACUAUCGCCAUUAACAAGUCGUUCAGAAAGAGUAACGAAGCGGAGUUCGACGAAAAUAUCUAAGAUAUUCGAGGAGAGAACAAAAUUCAGGAUGUCAAAUAAAGAAAACGAGAGUCCGAAUAUCAGUGAGACGUUUGUCAAGUUGGAUAUGGAGGAGGAAACGCGAGACUGCUCCUUCGGUGAGACAUUCAGGUCUUUAAUGUGCACGGAGCAGAAAAUCCCCAAUUGGUGCACUACAAAGUUGGACUUCACCGAUGCGCUGCCACAGAAGUCGUACGAGAAGGAGCCCAGCCCCCUGCUGCAAGACAUGUACGUGCCGGAGAAGGACCUGGAGCCGGACCUGGACACGGGCUUCGAGACUCUGCACGACCUGGAGGAGGAGUUCGACGCGGACAACUUCGACGAGUGCUCCAAGUACGAGAUAAUCUCCACGGACAGCCCGAACAUCAUAUCCAGGGGGCGGCCCAGCUCGAGGAAGAUCAGCUCGCGGGGCUUCGUGUUCGGCGCUCCGCUGGCGGACAGCGAGGCGUCCACUUCGUUCAACAGGCCGAACGCCAACGCCACCAGGAUGCUCAACUUCGACGAGAGUUUCGAGUUCACAUCUCCGGCGGCGAAGAGGCCGGCGGGGGGCGGGGGCUCGGUGAAGAAGUCGCUCAAGUUCACGGAGACCCCCACCAAAGUGGGCUUGGCAGAGCGGAGUGAUUCCGGCAUCAGCGUGCCCUCGCCUUGCCCCAAAGUGAGGUUCCCGUCAGAGUCUACAGCGUCAAUGGAGAGCGGCUUCGCAUCAGAGCUGGAAGAGCCGUUCCUGGAGCUGGAUGAAGCCUCCACUUCCCCGAAGAUGGCCAACCUGAACGAGCUGCUGUCCGGCGCUAUCAAGGAGUCCGUGGUGAGCGAGGAGUUCCUGAGGCGGCCCACCGUGCACAGGAGCCUGAGCUUCAACCCCGAGGCUUCUAGAGCCAGGGUCUCCCUAUUCUCGAUAUCGGAGAGCCCAGACCAGAAGAGGUCACAGAAGCGAGGCGACAGGAACGAGUCCGAUAGCAACUGCAAGCGGAGGAAGUCCAACUGCCAGAGCCCGGAGGUGGAGAGGCCGCAGAGGCCGGUGCUGCAAAGGGCCUAUUCGGAGAACAACGCCUCCAUUAUGUCUGCCCUGGCAAGAUCCGUUGUGGACCCAGACCUGAUCGGCGACUUCUCGCUGCCGUUCGCUCUGCCGCUGACCAGCGGCGACCACCCGGACCUGAAGUCCAUCUCGUGCGACACCCUCGCCGCCCUGCUGAGGGGCGAGUUCGAGCAGAGCGUCGCCGACUUCCAGGUGAUAGACUGCAGAUAUCCCUACGAGUAUGAAGGUGGACAUAUCCUGGGUGCGGUUAACCUGUACACUCCCGCGCAGAUCCUGACCCUCGUCAGCAAGCCCCUGGAGCCUAGGGAGCCGCACGAGAAACGGAAGAUCCUCGUCUUCCACUGCGAGUUCUCCCUCGAAAGAGGCCCCAAAUUAUCGCGCUACCUUCGCUCGAGCGACCGCGCGCGCAACCGCGAGCGCUACCCGUCGCUGCACUACCCCGAGGUGUACCUGCUGCACGAGGGCUACCGCGCCUUCUACCAGCGCCACCCGCAGCUGUGCGCGCCGCCCGGCUACACCGCCAUGCUGGACCCGCGCCACCGCCACCUGCUGCGCCGCCACCGCUCGCUGCAGCCCACCGCCACCGCCGCCGCCGCCGCCACCGCCGCCACCGCCGCCCCUUCACACCGACGCAGCCGCCUCCGCCUGCAGCCC